GUGGAACGUGAAGUUGGCACCCUUCUGGAUAUACCGUUCAUCGCACGAUUCAGCCCACGCGCUCGCUACUUUAAAAAUACAUCCUGCAGACACUCCGACAUGUGUCGCAGGGAUUAUUGUGCCUAUGUUUUUCACGACAAUAAGUUCACUAAUGAUGAAUACUUGUAGAUUGUGUAUUAUCACUUUCAAUUAAUUAUAUGUAGUUAAUCUUCAAUUUUGUGGAUUUGAUGGCUGAAUUUAAGAACAAUAGGUUCAUAACAAUGGAUAUGUGAAACUGUGCGGCCUCAAUGUUGCUACUUUUUUCGGGAUAUUGUCGAGAGGAUGAUGUGUUUGUGUUUUGUUACGUCGAUUUUUAGAGUUCUAUGAACUAAUUACACACACACAACUAUGCUGACUCUACUGAAGAUGAUCGUCUUACUGACAUACGUAUGGGAUUCUGAAGCUCAAUAUCGAUCGCCAAGGAUAACAGAACACCCGUCGGACACGAUAGUGGCAAAAAACGAACCGGUCACCCUGAACUGCAAAGCAGAAGGUAGGCCCGAGCCCACUAUCGAGUGGUUCAAGGAUGGAGAACCGGUCAAGACCAGUCCGACGGACAACAAGUCUCAUCGGGUUCUCCUUCCUGCCGGUUCGUUGUUCUUCCUCAAAACCAUGAAUAGCAAGAAGGAACAGGACGCUGGUACAUACUGGUGUGUCGCGAAAAACGUCGCUGGAUCUGUGACCAGCAGAAAUGCUUCGCUACAAAUUGCAGUUCUUCGAGACGAAUUCAGGACCAUGCCAACUGAUACCCGGGUUGCAGCAGGUGAAACAGCACUUCUUCAAUGUGGUGCUCCGCGUGGUCAUCCGGAGCCCAAUUUGGUUUGGAAGAAGGACGGCGAGCAGUUGGACGUCGAUUCGGACAGAAGGAUGCGAAUUGUCGACGGUGGAAACCUCAUGAUAAACGACGUACGUCAGCAUGACGAGGGAAAAUAUCAGUGUGUGGCGCAUAAUUUGGUCGGAUCCAGGGAAUCUCCACCAGCAAUGCUAACAGUUCACGUUAAACCCUUCUUCACUAAAGAACCCCACGAUAUACUGGCAGUUCAAGGAGGACGAGCAAAAUUCGAAUGUCGCGUUGAUGGUGAACCAGCCCCUGUGGUUUUGUGGCGUAGGGAAGAUGGAAAAAUGCCUGUGGGGCGAGCUCGUAUACUUGACGAUAGAUCGUUGUCCAUCGAAGACGUGCAAAUGUCUGAUGAGGGGAUUUAUAUAUGCGAUGCUCAAAACGAUGUCGGAACUAUAGCAGCAAAAGCAUCACUGGUUGUCAACUCUCCUCCUGAAUUCAUAGAUAAACCACAAGACCAGAAAGUGGGGUUGAAUGGAGUUGUAGAGUUUCAAUGCACAGCAACAGGAAAUCCGCCACCGUCAGUCUUCUGGCACAAAGAGGGCUCCCAGCAAUUGAUGUUUCCUGAUACAUCCUACGGGCACAUGCACGUCAAUGCUCAUGGUACUCUGCGUAUCCAAGGGGUGCAGAGGGAAGAUACUGGGUAUUUGGUGUGUUCGGCGUUGAGCGUUGCUGGAUCCAAGAGCGUUAGGGCCUAUUUGCAGGUCACAUCGGUUGCGGAUCUACCACCACCAAUCAUCCAGUUAGGUCCUUCUAAUCAAACUCUACCUCUACACAGCAUGGUGACUUUACAUUGCAAGGCCUUGAGUCCCGAGGGGGAACAACCCAGAAUGCGAUGGCUCAAAGACGGCAAACUGCUUCAACCUAACAAGUUACCUGAACGAUACUCCAUAAAUAACAUUGGUGUCCUCGAUAUUGAUGACCUUCGUUUGGAAGACUCUGGCCAAUAUACUUGUUCAGCAGCCUCAGAAAGUGGUGAGAGUUCCUGGUCGGCCUUCCUAAGUGUCGUUGAGGGGUCAACUUCAUCCCUUCACCGAAGUCCAGAUCCAUCUACUUACCCUAAGGCACCAAGUGUCCCCAAAAUAAUAAACGUUACGACUUCUUCAGUUAUCUUGUCGUGGGAACCAGCUGAAAAAGAUGCCACCUUAGUGGGUUACACUGUGGAAUACUGGAGUCCCGAUCUGCAAACGGGAUGGGUAGUUGUUGCUCACCGUGUUCUAAACACCUACAUGACUGUUCAAAACUUGAAACCAGACAGCUCAUAUGUGUUCAUAGUGCGUGCUGAGAAUUCCCAUGGUAUAUCACCAGCUAGUCCUUUAUCUGCGAUGGUGAGGACGUUGGCUAAUAUGUAUUCAAUUCACGGCGCAAAACUGGACAUGGCUAGAACCUUACUCAGCACGAAAAUCGUUGAUCUGAUAGAUGCCAAACCUCAGACUUCGGACUCGGUAAAACUGAGCUGGACCUUGAACUCUCCAGAUUACGUAGAAGGUCUGUACAUCCGUUUCAGAGAGCUCUCUGGGGGACCCCACAACUACAACGUAUUGACAGUUCUAGAUUCCAUAUCCAAACAUUACACCGUGACGAAUCUUAAGAAAUUCACCAAAUACGAAUUCUUCAUUUCCCCAUUUUACAAGUCAGUCGAGGGUCAGCCAUCCAACUCGCGAAUCGCUCAAACUUUGGAAGAUAUACCAAGUGCACCUCCGGAUGGUAUAACUGCCGGGGUUUUCAACGAAACGGCGGGUUGGGUUAAGUGGUCGCCUCCUCCACCUCAACAUCACAAUGGUGUUAUUGUGGGUUAUAAGAUCCAGAUCAAGGGCGUCAAUGUAAGAUCGAUUUUGAUAAACGCGACCACGACUUCUGUACUCAUCAGUAAUUUAACUAAUGGAAAACAGUACACAGCUAGAGUGGCAGCUGUAACGAGUGUUGGUCAAGGACCAUUUUCCAAUUCUGUACCGUUACUUACAGCUUCGAGGGCGCAAAGUCCAAGAACUUUUGGUCCACUUGUGCCAUUAGUGAGGCAACCGUGGUUCGUGAUCCUUCUUGCAGCUUCUGCUCUAUCUUUCGUUUGUGUAUCUGUUGGGAUAUAUUAUUUCAAACGUCGUCAGUCCUUGAACAAGGAACUUGGUCAUCUGAAUGUGACAGUUGUUAAUGCAACGCAGUUGAAUGGUAAAGACAGUUUGUGGAUAGACAGAGGAUGGAGGACAGCUGAUUGUGAUAAAGACUCGUCAAUACCCUUGUCACAACCGGCUGACUAUGCUGAAGUUGAUACAAGAAACUUAUCAACGUUUUAUAAGAAACCUCUGGAUAACCCUACCCCAUAUGCAACAACAAUGUUGUUGCCACCUCCCAAUUGGUCGGAAAUUAUACCCCCACCUCCAGACCAUCCACCUCCCGAUUGUCCUUACGACCAUACUCUUGAUCCUCCUAUACGUGUUGGAAGCAACAGUGGUAGAGAGGAGGCAUAUGCAUGUUACGCAGUUCAUGCCCCAAAAGAUUACAGGCCUCCGUCCAAGACGUCGAGGUCUGGUUCAUACAAUAAUUGCUCAUCUGCAAUGAGCGAAGGCUCAGGUUUUCGAGCACCACCGUCCAAUGGAUUUUAUCAUACCCCGGGAAAUUGCUGUGAGCCAAAAAUUGGCAAUACUAUUUACUGGAGCGGUAAUGGUAAUCCUGACAAUGAUGAUAGACGUUCGUAUAGUAGUAGCCACGAAACUACGUGUUCCUGUAGUGAGUCCUCCUGUUUGUAUGCCGAAGCUGGGCCGUCUAAUGAUGGUGUAGCUUCCAAUCUCAGCCAUAUGAAUCGCUUUAAUAAGUGAAGUGUCUGAAAGUGCCAUAAUACCACGUAAUAAAUGACCUCAUUCCACAGAAAAUUUUGUAACGACAAUUUUUUCUAAUUUACGGUUCGAAAUCAACAAGUGCGAUAAAGUCGAUUUGAAAUGACAAAGGAUUUCUUUAAUUAUGUAUAUAUUCUAAUUAAUCGAAAUUCUGAUAUCACUGACAAACUUGGCAUUGGAAUUUUUCCCCCAUGGUAUCCAUGUAUCAUAAUUUUAAUUUAAUAUCAGUAAACUUCCACUACCAAUGAGUUGGCUUUUUAUUUGUUUUAUUAAAUAUUUCUUUGUACCCAUAAAUGUAUGUACAGAUGCACUGCUGGCCCAAUCAAUUUCAUGAAUGUGUAUAUAUAUAGGGUAACAUGGAAAAUGGUUGGACCUUGUGAAAUUAUGCAUUUGAAUCCGGAAUACCUAGUCGUAGAUUUUAAGGAUCAUCACGAAGAAAUAUAUUUGGAACUUUAUUUUCAAGCAGUCCUUUUACUGAUAACAUUGACUGAAAAACUGUGUUCAAUACUCGAUAGGUAGUUUUGAAAAUUAGGUAUUAGUAGAAAUAUGUUGAGAACUUGCUGCGACAAAUUUUCGAAUCAAAAUUAUAAUCAUUUAUCAAUCAUUUAUGUCAAUUGUAGAUGAGUCCUAUUCAAUGAAUGAUUAAUGUACAUUAUGUGGCAAAUAAUAGGAAGUUCACUAAAAAUGUUUGAAUAGCCAUUGGUUUUUUAGCAGUGUAUUUUUAUUUGUCCUUAUGAAGUAUUUUCUUGGGCAUAUGUAGGAACUCACGAGUUUUUACUUUCAAAAUUGUGGUAAAAAUUGAAUUUUUCAAUUAUUUUUAGCAUAAAUGAAGAAGUUGUAAGGUUGUAAAUAUAAUACGAGCGUAGAAAUCAACGCAAUGUUAAAGGUUUUUGAUUUUAUUUAUUUGUUUUCUAUUUCAUGUACAUAAUUGUAAAGAAUACUACAAUAAUUCAUUCUGUUUGUAACCUAUGAAUGAUUUUUAUAUAUGCUGAUAAUAUAUAAGUGAUAGAUUUUA